AUGGCAGAUUCUACACAGGCUUCGUACAAAGCAGACUUAAUCCAACAUGCCAUGGAGGUCGAUGCCCUGAAAUACGGGUCAUUCACCUUGAAGUCCGGGCGAAUCUCCCCAUAUUUUUUUAACGCUGGGCUCCUGUCUACCGGACCUAUCCUUGCUACGCUCGCGACAGCAUACUCCUCUACCAUUGCGCAAGCACUAAAAGAUGGGUCAUUCCCGGAAUUCGACGUCCUGUUUGGCCCCGCGUAUAAAGGCAUCCCAUUCGCGUCGGGUGCUGCUAUGGCCCUAUACACACAACAUGGAAUUUCAGUUGGCUUUGCAUACGAUCGAAAAGAAGAAAAAGAUCAUGGAGAGGGCGGUAAAAUGGUGGGAGUGCCCGUCAAAGGAAAGCGUGUGGUGAUCCUCGACGACGUAAUGACCUCGGGAAAGGCCGUACGUGGCGCCAUCGAAACAGUUCGCCAAAAUGGUGGCGAAGUGGUUGGUGUCGUUCAAGCCCUCGAUCGACAAGAAGUUGGGCAGGAUGGUGUCAGUAGCACCGUGAAGGAGAUAGAGGGUUUAAUUGGCGAAGGCAGGGUCUUUUCUAUCUUGACGAUGAAGGAUCUUAUGACUUGGCUGGAAAGCAAGGGGCGAGUGAAGGAAUUCGAGAGCUUACAGGCAUACUGGGAGCAGUAUGGUUUGAAGUGA